GCUAGAUCGCUCGUACAUUUUCCAACGUCGCUUAGUUUCGUUUAGUUCGCAGAUCGGAUUGGUUCCUAUCCCUCCACGGAUUUGGAGUUGUUUCUAUUUUUUGUUGAGUGUUGUUUACUUGUUGUUUUCGGUGUCUCUUCCCAGCAAAAGAGGAAGUAAGUGAAGUGAGUGAUCGUGGUGUUGUGCGCGCUGAUUUUUGCCCCUGUCAUUGAGGUCUUUGAACUUGGCGAGCGUUCCACCCUCUGCUCCUCCUCCUCCACUCCUCAUCCGCGCAGUGCGUUUCGUUUCGUUUUGGGCUCCGUGCAACUCCAAAGUGUGACGCCGAUUGCGGCCAUUAUCGCGAGCUUUUCGCUUCGCCCGGUAACCGAUAAGUGUUGCGUUGUACCCUCGCCGACGCCUGCAGUAUACGCUCGACACCCCCAAAACCCUCCCCCGCCCCAGCGCCAUCGAAGGGGGCCAGGCCAAUCAGUUAUUGGCCCGCCGCCGCUCUAAUGAACGUUGAACUGCAAAUUGCAAAGCCGUACGAAAAUAACAAACAAACGCGAAAUGCGAAAUGCGAAUCCGCUCUCUCUAGCGGAACAUCCGCGUCGCUCGCGGGGCGUUCACCCCUGGAUGUGGAUGUGGGCCGCCUAUCGGGAGAUCACUAUUUUUCAAUGCCGGCGGUGCACAUCAAGCCCACAAGAACUGGCUAACCGGAGGCAGCGCCCCCAAGCCAAAGAGGAUCACACUGGCGGAUUUGAAUAUGGAGCGAAUAUGGAGGAUUUGGAGGAAUGGAGGAGGAGCCCCACUGCGCGUAAUUCAAUCAGGAAUUGGGUUCGCUCUGGCCACAUCCACUGAUCACGUCUUAGGCAGCUGCGGAUCACGGAUGGACGAUCGCAGAUCCGGAGAUUACUCAUCCAGAUGGAAACUGAAGCUGGAAAGCAUCUCCGGUGCGGAAGUAGCUCACGUUGCUCUCCGUCACCCUCAACUCCAUUUAGUCAUGCAUCUUACGGCGGGCACGGCCGUGAUACGGUGGCCCGCGCUCCCCGGCGGAGACUCUCUUCCGGUCCGCGGUCACGUGGGGAGAGCGCUCUGCGCUCUGCACUCUGCAUUCUAGCCGCUGCACCGUUAGCCAAGAUUUGUUGUGGUCUCUUUAGGGGGAACCCAAGAUCUUCGUACUUAAAUCACGCGGCGCUCAAUUGGCAUUCGAGUUAUGCAACAUUCUCGGAAGCGAGCGCACCCAGCGACCUUUUAAGCGCGUCUGCCCUGCUCCAAGUCACCACUGCCACUCCAGAGCUGACCGCGGUCGCAACCAAGGUUCCACGAAAAGCAGGCACACUAAGGAUACCAGCCCUUAAGAGUCAACUCCAUCAGAUGAACGCAGGAUCACGAGGACAAACUAGUUCCAGUCAAGUAUCAAGUCAUCUGAAGUAGAGUGCCACCAUGACGCACUGCCUUUGGUCGACACUGCUGGGCCUGCUGUCCGUGCUCUCCACGGCCACCAGUCGCUCGGUGCGGCAACUACCAAGCGCAUAUCCACCGGUGCUGCCCUCCGGAUACUAUGGACAGCCGCCCUAUGCUUACCCACCCUACGGCUAUGGCUACCAGGCGCCACCACCCGUUUACCAGCCUUAUUACGACAACGUUUUUGGCGUCUUCAAGAGCUAUCCCGGCGGUGGAUUCCCUGUGCGGUUCGAUUACAAUAAUCGCUGCUCGCGCAACUACAUUGGCAUCAAGCCGCAUCCCGACCAACAGCAGUACUACUACGUCUGUAAGCCCGACUGUGUAAUCUUCAGCAAAUGCCGCGGCCUUGAGAGCUUCAACGCCAGUAGCGGGCGCUGCGUGCAACACGUUCCACAGCACAGACCGGACCACAGGCCGCCGCAGUGCCAGAAGGAGGGCCGCUUCCCACAUCCCCACGACUGCAAGGUGUACUAUAGGUGCGACAAGAACCGAACGCAGCCUUGGCUUUUCGCCUGCCCGGCGGGCACCAUUUUCUCGCCGGUGGAGCGCAAGUGCUUGCCAGGCGACCAGUGCCCCUCGACGGAGAUAUCGGACAGCGGCAGCUAUAUCCCGCAGAACUGCGAGCUCAAGUUUCCCGAGUGCGCCGAGGAGGGCACGUUCCGCUCCCCGACGGACUGCGCCCUCUACUACACGUGUCGAUUGCAGGAAAGUGGCACCUAUCUGCAGACGCGAUUUAAAUGCCCCGGCAGCAAUAGCUUUGAUCUCGAGCGGAAGCUGUGUCGUCCCCGCAGUGAAGUCGACUGCUUUGACUUUGUUCCGGGACCCGUGCAGGUACCCUACGUUCCACAGCCCUACUAUCCACCCUAUCCAGCUGCACCGCCACUCUAUGAGGAGGACGACUACGAUACGGGAGCCAGGGACCAGCAGCCUGCCCUUAAGUCGGAAAAGCUUCAGGUGACGGCGCAGGGCUUUGAAAAACCUUCAUUGAAUGUAGUGGUUUUGCAAACAAGCACCUCAACUACUUCGGAACCUUCCAAUGCCUAUCAUAAAUACCCCGCCUAUCCAUCGUAUCCCUCAUAUGAGUAUUCAUCGCACCAUCGCGGUAAGGAAACGGCUGCAGAAAACCUAGAGCUUAAGGAAGAGGGCGUUCCGCGCAAGCUUAAGCUCUCGGAGAACAUUGCCAUCCAGCCCGAAACGCCAGCGACUACAACUACCACUCGUGAACCUUUAAAUGAUACCAACAAAUAUCAAUACAAAAGAUACACCUAUGGUACAGCCAAAAACGAUGUCACGGAGGCUCCGGAAAUCAAAUCACCUUUAAAGGGCUUGCACCUUUCGCAAAAUAUUGUCAUUCUCCCUACAACUUCUACACCUGCGACUACCACAACUACGACUAAACCAGUGGUGCUUACAUGCCCUACCAUUCCAACACCAAAAACAACUCCCAAAGCAAGCACAACUACUGCAGUCACAAAAUCAACGCCAAAAAUGUCAAGUACCGAACAGCCUAGCACAACGACCUCUGAAACCACUACUACUAAAAGACCAACAACUGUUAAUGAGAAAACCUCACCGGCUACCGAAAAGCCAAGGACUACUGUACUGACAACAACGACUCAAAAACGCAGUACGACUACUCACAACACCUCACCGGAUACAAAAACAACAAUAAGAUCUCCAACGCUUUCUCCGAAAACGACGACAACACCUUCCACAACAACUACGGUCAAAGUUACAACCCACAGACCGAGAACGACUGCUCGGAAAUCGUCAACAGCUUCUACCACUACCAAAAAAACAACAACUUCCUCCAAAACUACAAAGAGUACGGAGAUCCGAACUUCUACCACUUCUAAACUUUCCACAACAUCCCAGAAAACAACAACGACUACUCACAAAUCUACUGCAGCAACAACUUCUACUGAGAAUCCAAAAACGACUAGUGAGAAAACAUCAACAGUUUCUACUACCACUAAGAAAUCCACAGAAAGUUCCCCUAAGCCUACAAGCAGUACGGGAAAACCAAUUACCACUCCCCAACCUUCAACAAGAACGACACCAACGACAACUACAGUCACAGCCACUACUCAAAUAGCAACAACGACCCCCUUGAGAUCCUCCACGGAAUCUACGUCUACUCAAACCCCAAAAACAACUUCACCUCAACCAACAAAAACGACGACUCGUACGGUUACUCCGAAAAUCUCAACAACAACAACGACCACAGAAAAGCCAAUAACUAGUAGUCCUAAACCUACAACAACGACUCAGAACACGACAUCGACGGCUCCAAACACAACUAGAGUAACAAUCACUACGCAAAAAGAGACAACACCUACACAGAACACCUCAACAACCAGAUUUACUAGGAAAACAACAAGUAAUAAUCCAGAACCGACUAGUACCGAAAAACCUAUCACCUCGACGACUCCAAAACUUAGUACAACUACUCCGAAAACAUCAACAGUUGCAACAAGCUCCGAAAAGACAACGAUUAGUUCUCCCAAGCCUACUACCGAAAAAAGUACCGAAAAUCCUACCACGAACUCUGUGAAAACAUCUGCGUUAACUAGCUCCACUCACAAAGCAACAAGUACUACAUCCGAACCGACUAAAACGACCCAAGAAAUAACAACGACGACUCCGAAGCCAACUACGUUGAAAACUUCUACUCAGGAACCAACAACUUCUACUCAAAAAGUAUCCACGGUUACUAUUACCACUAAAAAAGCCACGGAAAGUUCCCCGUUGACUACACUAAGCACGGAAGACCCAACUACAACUCCCAAACCAUUGACUACAACGACUCCAACGACAACUUCAGUGACAGCCACUAUUACCACUAAAAAAGCCACGGAAAGUUCCCCGUUGACUACACUAAGCACGGAAGACCCAACUACAACUCCCAAACCAUUGACUACAACGACUCCAACGACAACUUCAGUGACAGCCACUACAACAACCACCAUUUCGAAAUCCACUACGGAAUCUACGUCGACUCAAAAGUCAGAAAGUACUACGCCUAUACCUACAACAAGUACGACUUCGAAGGCAACAACAGUGAUCGUUUCUACUCAAAAUCCAACAACGUCCACUUCAAAAACAUCCACGGUAAUCAUAACCACACCAAAACCAAGUACAAGCACACAAAAGUCGACCACUACAACUCGGCAACCGACAUCAGUUACUGCAUCAACUACAAGUAUCGGAACCACGAGGAAUCCAACUACCACUACCCCGCAAAACUCCACUUCCUCGACUGAUUUGACCACUGUCACGCGACCGCCAUGUCCCGAUCCCGACUCCACCUCAGAUAAGAACACAAAUCCUGCAUGCACACAAGAACUCCAACAAGUGAAUCUACUUGAACUACAAUCACCACAGAAACAAGAAGAACUCACCCACACACAAACCCACACUGCAUUAGCCGAAAGUAGGAACACUUUAAGCGGGCAGGAAGUGCCGGACUACAUGGAUGAUGCACCGUCUUCCGCUGAGGCGGAAUCAGGGCAGGCAACGACAGCGAAGGCACCAACCAUGUCCACGCUGGCGGCGGCCCAUCUACUGCAAAAACUGUUCCAUAUAAUCUCCACGACGCCGCCGAGCAGGGAGCAUGCUCCUACUCAGCGACCAUCCAGUCAGCCUUCUUCCAGCCAGCGCUCGCGGGGAGUGACCAUUGCCCAGAUGGCCAGGCAUAACCUAGCCACCUCUAAGCCCUUUAUCGCCCACUCCCUACGGCUUUCCAUCCAGCAGCUAGCCUCCACCCAGAAGCGCUCUAUCCCGCCCAAGACACUCGUUACGCACAACACCACUAAGGAGCCGGAGGACUCCGAGUACUACGAUAGUGAGACAUCGGAACAGUACGCGGACGAGGACAACGAAGUACUAGACAAAGCACAGCCAAAGGCUAUGUCCAGCACCACUGUGGCCGCAGUGCUCCCUGCUGCUCCGUCUACAACCACUGAACGGGAGCCACAAAAAACAUCUUCCUCGCCAAGUCCGACCAAGACAACUCCCUCCACCACAGCCCAGCCGAUUGAGACGACAACUGGCGACCUAGAAUACGAUAGUUCCGGGGGCUCUGACUAUGUCAACGACGCGAAUGACAUUCCGAGCGGUGUAGCCACCAGCCUGGAGGCCAGGAAGAACUUCCUGCUCAGUCUCCUAAAGCAGCGCCUUACUCGAAUAGAACAAACAGAAUCGAAGACGCCAAUGCCGGCUACGAGCACUUCCACCAGCACAGGUGCCCCUCAGACAACAAGCAGCAGUACAAGUCCUACGUCCACCACAAGCGAGAGCACUUCUUCGGUCACAAGUUCGACCGCAAGGUCAAGUCUGACUGCCAGUAAGCACUCAAGUCCAGAGGCACUUAGUCGGCAGAAAAGUUUGACAGAUCAGAGUGCGGAAUACUAUGAUGAGGACGAUGACUACAUGGAAGACGAACCCGCUGGUUCUUCUGAUGCUGAGAAAAAAGAGCGCGGCGAAGUCUUAAUAGCCGAGAAGCAACCAGCAGCCACCGCCAAGCGACACAUCGCACCUCCAUCCGAGCAGCCUCUUAGGCAGGCGAUGCUCAAUAUAUUAGCAACUAGAAGUGAGGAAAACGAAGUGGAUGUGAAAGCCACAUCCGACGGGCUGCAGUUUAGGAGAUUUGUAAGCAGGAAUAGUCAGAUUCCCACUGAAAGUCCUGCCAAUCGCGCAUCAAUUGUAGUUGCUGAGGCUCUAAGCCGAAGACUUGCCGACAACCUUGGGGAGCUUCCUCCAGAACCACACACAUCUGAUGCGAAACCAAUCGCAUCAGUCAGUCAAACAACGAUACGAAGCAGAGAACCACAAACAGAAUCAUCUUCUCAAACACCACCAUCGACAUCUACAGCGACACCAGCGACACAAGCAACCCAAAAGCAUCGAAUAGGCGAAGCCACACAGAGUACAUUAGAAAUAGUCACACAGACCACUCCAGAAUCAGCGCCACCAGCAACAACUGUGCCCGUCGCGGUGCGCCAGGAAGUGCUGUCGGUGAACAGCAGGCCCUGGUUGCUGGCGGCGCGCAAUCAAACCGUCCACCUCACACCCAUCUCCUCCAUUGCCGCUCGAGCGCCAAGCAACCCAGUGAGCCACGCUAACCGUUCGAUCAAUCCACUAGUGUCCAGUCCCGAGGACCACUCCACGGAGAAGGUGCCGCAGCUCAUCGUUAAGGUGUACGAGCCCAUCGACCUGAAGAUAGUCUUCUGCCCGAAGUCGUGCGACCAGGACCACGACCACAAAUUCGAUGGCGUGUGAAAGGCGAUUGUUUCCAGUGAUCGGCUAGGGACGAACCAGGCGGAAUGAACUUGAAAUGAAAGCCAGAAACGCACUAAUGUUCUUCAACGACUGGACCGGCAAAUACCAAGUUCGCUGAUACAGUACCCCCACCCCAGCCCUCUUCCGCCCACUGUGGCGGUCUCAUGUGCGCGGCGACAAAGUUUUUAUUCCUUUGUUUAGAAUAAGCAUAAAUGCGCACGUGUUCCACCCGCUUUAGUGUACGACAGAUUGGGAGGGACGGUGGCAAGGACGGUGACGGAGGCGGAGGCAGGACCCGUUAAAUUUUAAUGCGCCCGUAUCGAUAUGCGAGCAUGGUCCGCGCCAGCGUAAUCUAUAAAAGCGAAAAUCGCGUGUCACCAUCGUGGGAUUCCUGUUCCUCCAACGUUGCCUGCGAAGUCUCGAUAAGCCAAUUGGCAUCUGGUGGUUAGUUGUCGGGCCAGGAGUGGCGCUGCAUCGUCACACCCGCUUACAGACUGCUCCCAGCCCAUGGGAGCUCGCCUAUGAAUAUCCCAUGAGCUCACGCACUUCAGCAUCUGCGCGCACUUUGCAUAAAUUCGCAAUGUCGCAACUUCUAAUCAAUACCGCCGAAUGUGGGCGCAGAGCUCAGUGAGGAGUCCACUCGGAGGUUGUGGAAUCGGCCCAAUCGAAGCAAAAAACCAUAUAAUUGUUAAUUACUGGAUAAUAUUGAGUUUUUCUUUUUACUGGAUUUUUCGAAUUUAGUAAUAAACGUAUGAAAUGAA